CUAAGUCUAAAAGAGAAACAUGUCUAUCAGCUCUGCAUCCAGCGAGAAACCUGAAUUAGAUCCAAAAGAUGAAGCCAAGGGUGAACGUGAAGGUGAAGGAGACGAGGCAAUCAUUGCAAUGUCAAUUGCCGGUGAGGUGACCGAUACUUCCAUUGUGGAAGUUGGUCGUUCGAGACCUCAAUAUCAGUAUAGCAGAGAGGAGCUGAUGAAAAUUAAGUCACUUCCAUUAUCGAAACGAAAACCUGACUUUAUAAAACCUGCCUUUAUUAAUUCGCGCGGCAUUUUGGAUCCGGAGUGUUGGCAUAACAGGAAGCGCAGUGAGACGCCGCCAGAUGACGAGGUGAAACCCCGCGACCGAGGCGAGCCGGUCGCAGAGAACCACGCGGCAAAGCGACGCAGCGGCGAUCCCCGGGAGCGCAUCCGCAAAGAGCAGGAUGGCAUCGUCCUUAGUCCCCAGCGACGUAGCUUCCAUUCCGGCUGUUUCGUCAACGUCACCACAGAAGCGUCCAAUAAGCGUCCCGUCAGUCCUAUUGGCAAGAAUGAGAUAUCCCAUCGUGAAUCUGGGAGGCGAAUCGGCAGUGGGCGCAUCCUUGCACGCGACAUGUGGGACUUCCGGCCGGAAAAUGACAAGCAUGAUUCAGAUUAUGGGUUCAGGAGCGGGGAUCGGGAUCGCGAUCGUGAUCGUACUGGGGGUGUAGAUCGCGGGAGUGGAGGCUCCUUGCGAGACAAUGAUCGGCGGAGCGAUCGCGAUCGUGACAGGGACCGUGAUCGCGAUAGAGACAGGGAUGACAGGAUCGACCGAGUGGAAAGAUUCGAGCGCAGAUCCUUUGGACGGGACUUUGGCGAUAGGGAUCGUGAUCGUGAUCGUGACCGUGACCGUGAUCGUGAUCGUGAUCGUGAUCGUGAUCGUGAUCGUGACCGUGAUCGUGAUCGUGAUCGUGAUCGCGAUCGUGAUCGUGACCGCGAUCGUGAUCGUGAUCGUAUGGAUAGAAACGAUCGAGACAAGGAGCGCGGUGGCCGAGAUCGUGGGAGGUAUAGCAACGAGCGUAGACGAACCUUUAGCGAUAAUCGCGAGGCAGAAGAGCCCGAAUGGUUCAGUUCGGGGCCGACCUCGCAGCAUGAUACGAUUGAGCUACGUGGUUUCGAGGAUAUACCCGAGGAUAAGGCCAUGGGCUGUGGUCCAGCGAAGCCCAAAAAGCAAUCGCCCGCACAGAAGAAGCGCAACAAGAAGGCUGCCCUUGAGAAAGAAGAGAAGGCUGCUGCAGCGGCUGCGGCUGCGGCUGCCGCGGCCUCCACUGCACCAGCUGUCGAAAAAAGCGAAAGUACCGGUGGUCCCAAAGGUCGCAGCACGCCGACGUCGAUGGACCAUCCGAUCAAUGCUGUAGCACCGCACUCGCCGAUAUCCGAACAAAACGAAUCACAGUCACCAGUACCUAAAGAGAAAUCGGGCGAAAGCAGCAAGAUUGCUGAGCCAUUGAAUGGCUCCGAGGAACAGUCAAACGCAACUGUUAAGAAAAAGGAGAACCAUCCGGACUUUAAUCUUGAUGACUUCCUAAAGUCCGAUAGCUUUCCUGGCGUACCUGGCCUUUUGACGAACGAUGUGGGUUCAAACGGAGGAUCUGGCUCACGAUUCAGCCAAUGGUUUAAGCGCGAAAGUCCACCGCUUCAACAACAAAAUCAGCAGUUAGAUCCUCUAAGGUCUACGAUUCAAGAUGAAUUAUUAAACAACCUUCUUAAUGAUAUAUCUGAGCCGAAUAUUCAUAUCCCGUCAGUUACCGAGUCAAAUACAUAUUUCGCGCCAAUUUCGCCUGCCGCUAACACGCAAAAUAACAUUAUGCCGCCUCAAUCCUCAUCAAGUACCGGUAUCAAGUUACUAGAAAUGCUUCAGCGUAAUAGCAAACCGCCCAACCAAAAUGGACAGGGCGAUGCGACGAGCGCCGUUAUUCCCAUGAUGAAGAACUCAUCAAUUAAAGAAAUUGGUGCUGGCAAAGUAGUUAGUUUAGAAGAAUUAGAAGCUCGUAUGCGCGGUGGUAUACCGCCUAUGCCGCAACCCGAUAUUCCCAAGAUGAAUAAAACCGAGGAAGAUUUAUCCGCCUUCAAAAAAUUGCUUGCUCAAGUGAGUGGAGGGCAAGCGGUACCUGCAGCAAAUGGACCUAUUCCUCAAAAGCAGCCUUCAUUACCACCACCGAACCAGCAAACCAUGCAACAGCCAAUCACUCUUAUGCAGCUGCUAAACUCUCAAUUGAACAGCCAUCAGCAAAUUCCACAGAUUCCCCAAGUCCAACCACAGCAAUCGCAUCCAUCCGAAUCCCUCCAGAUGCCUUCUACAUACAAUCACGUAGGUCCGCUUGGACCAGUGCAACAUCCACAUCAGUCACAGAUGCAGCACGAGAAUCUGAUGAAAGUGCUGCAGAUUCAGCAGCAACAACAGCAGAAGCAAAGGCAGCAAUCCGAAAUGCUCUCAAUGAUGAUGGGAGGAACUUCUCAGUCGAUUCAGCAACCGGCACAGCCCCCGCCGCAGCAGCGUAUCCUUGGCGUAAGUCCGAUACCUACGGACCAACAGAUCAUGGUCAACAAUACUCCAUCUACCAGAGAAUUAUUGCAAAGACCCGAGGCAGAGGCUAUUAUCAGGGGACUGCAGCAAGGAGAAAUUACGAGGCAGCAUCUUGUACAACAGCUACAGAAUCCUGUUAUGCAGCAUCGUCAUCGGGAAAUCUUAGUUAGUAUUUUGAAAUUUUAUGGUGGCCCAACAUCUCGUACUGUUAGUCCACAUCCAAGUGUUCCUACUCCACAGGAUCACUUACUACAACAAAUGCUGUAUCAACAGCAACAACAGCGAAUACCGUCACCCAUGAAUAAUGUGAUGAGUCACCGAGUACCAUCCCCACGGGAGCUUGCAGUUCACACGCAGUCCAUAAUUCAAAACGCUCUUCUAAAAAAGAAACUCGAAGAGCAGCGCGAGAAUUAUCGCAAGCGACAGGAACAACAGCAACAGCAGCGUUCCACUACUCCUGUCCACUCCCCGGCAAAACAGACGCACAGCCCGACGCCGCUGGCGUUCACGCCAACCUCCGUCCUGCGAAAGAUGACUGCUGAAAAGGAGCCCGAGGGGAGCCAAGAAUCGUCGAAGUUGCUGGUUAAUCAGGCGAAUGCUGGCCACCUGCAGCACUUGCAACAGCAGCAGCACCAACAGCAGCAACAACAAUCCCAGCAGACGAGCGUGCAAAUGCUCGCUCAAGGCGUAUUAGCGCGGCAUACUGCAGCGAUGCGCACCCAGCAACAGGUCCAGCCCUCUUGGUCGAAUUCCCUUCCCAUCAAGCAGCAUCCCGGUCGACCAAUCGUCAAAAGUAGUACUGGUAUUACGCAGCAGUUCCAUUACAGUAGCAACGUUGACUACCAGCAGCAACAACAACAACAACAACAACAGCAGCAGCAGCAGCAGCAGCAGCAAAGAGUGAACACAAAUAUAUUUGGAGGGAACGCGACUCGCUCGAAGCACACGAUCUCCGUAGGUCUACAAAACAUCGCUCCACAGUACAACGCCCAACAACAACAGCAACAGCCUCCGAACUCCGUAAUGGGAGGCCAAAGGCAGCAGCCCGACCCCAUUAAGCAAAUGCGGCAUUUGAAUAUCCUCCAGGAGGAGAUCGCGCUCCAACAACAACAGAUGAGGGCGGUAAAUGCGCCCCAGGUGCUUAAUCAGAAUUUCAAUUCUACAAGAACCGAUGCCCGAGUCAUGCAUCCGCAGCAGCUGAGCAUAUCGGUUGGCAGUAGCCGCAAUCAAAACUCCUCGGGACUCGGGAGUUUCAUGGGCGGCGGAGGCGGUGCCGGAGCCGGCAACAGCGGUGCCUUGUCCCCCACGUCCAAUCAGCUCGCACGGUGGUUCAGCCCGGAACUGCUGGCACAGGCACGCGCUGGGAAACUGCCCGAGCUCGCGCAGACCAACGUCCUCUCCCUCGAGGAGCUCGAGAGAUUACAGCACGCAUCCACGACCGUUCACAAUUGAAGGAUGAUAGUUGGCUGACGGCAAGACCCGGACACGAGCACACUAAAGCACACACGUACACACGUACA